AUGAUUUUAAUUUUUCUUCUUUGCUUGGAUGCUUUAAAAUCAAUUGAAAUUUAAACUUUAGACCCUUAUUAUCAAGUUGCUUAUCAAUCGGUAAAGAUUGAUGAUGAGAUUAUUCAGCCAAACCAAUUUUUUAGUUAUGGUCUUUGGUCUCGAUAUAAUCCUUUAAGUGCUAUAUCUUAAGUUGGUCCUGUUGGAAUUUUUGGAAGUAAUUGCUACUAAUUACUGAAUAUAAUUGAUAAGGUAGAUGGUGGAAUAACUUUUAUGUAUUUCGAUUGUUUACAUAAUGAGAAAUAUCAAAUAACAAAAGAAAUCAAAUUUGUUAAUGAUAAUGGAGAAUAGAAAGUUUAUGAAACUCAGAUUGAAGCAUAAGAAUAUGAAAGCUUUUGGUAUUUUCUUGAAAUAAUCUAAUGGCCAAUUAAAAAAAGAUUUGAAAUUUUUAUAAUAUCCCAAAAAGAAUAAAAAUUUUUUAUAAUGGAUUAAAUGAAAUCCCCAUUUAAGGGAAAGGAUUUACAAUUAACUUUUGGAGGAAGCUUGAUUGUAAGUAAAUCGAAAAUAGAAUCAGUGUUAAUCAAUCAGAAAUUCUCAUACUUUCCUGGAAAAAUUAUCAUGUAAUAGUUUAAGAUUCUGGAAGAAUUAAGUAUUGAUGAUUGGUUUGAAUAUGCAAAAAGUGUUUUUGAAGAGUAUGAAACUUGUAAUUGCUCGCCUAAUCAAGAAUUUUAAAUUCCAGAUUUAAACAUUAGCUCUAUUUAAAAGGGAGAAUUUGUUUCAGAAAAUAAAAAUUGCAAUUCUUUUUUUAUUUAAGGUUGGUUUAAAAUUUAAUAAAUUAUGGAUAAAGACUAUGUAUAUCUUUAUCCAUUUAUAAAAUUAGCAGGCAAUUUUGA